AUGACUUCCAGACUCUGCGCCCUUGAGGCCCAACACCCCAGGGCUACAACGAUUGAUCUUCUCAUUAGCUUAUUCGUGGCCGCCUCCUACAUCCCCCAAGUCAUCCGGAUCGUCAACGACCGCAGAGGCACUGCCGGAAUAUCCGGCUACUCAUCGGCCUGGAAGUGCUUCCGUCAAGGGGAGCUACAGGGCUUUAACGCGUUUUCUUCGCUCGUCGUGUACCUACAACCCUUGGUGCAUUGGGUGGCAGCUAUCAUCUUGUUCGGUGUCUACGCAGCGUUUCGCAAUGACACGUACCAGACAGAUUCGCCGUCUACGACCGCGACCCUCGCGAUUGUUAUCACUCACGCAGCAAUUCUCCUCCCAUGCGCCCUUUGGCUGCUCAAGCAGCUGACAGAAGAGGAGGACAACGUCUUCACCAUCGUCCUUCACGCAUUUUAUGCCAUUCCAGUCCAAAUAACCGGUCUCCUUACCUCCCUCUUGGCAUUCAUCCCCCAGAUCAAGCUCAUGCUUGCCCAACCACGCGAUGGUCUUCCAGAUCACCCGUGCAAUCUAAGCACACUAGGUUUAGGACUCCAGGUGAUCGCAUGGAUAUGUCUAGCUUGUUCGCAGGCCGUGCGGAUGAGACCGCUACCAACGACACUACCUCCACCUGACAUGCCAAAUUUGUUCCCACCUAUUCCGCCUUGGAGCAUGAAAUGGUGGUCCGAGAUCCUGUUUGGCGGGGGCCAGGCGGCUGGGUGGCUUACCCUAGCCGGGUCGCAGUUGGUUGUUCUGUGUGUGGCUCUUCGACUCGGGGCUACGGGGGAUAGGCAGAUACAACUCAAAUUAUUGUAG